GAGAGUGAGAGAGAAAGGGAGGGAGAGAGAGGGGGAGAGAGGGAGGAAAAUAAGAGCCAUCAGUCUCAUCUAUCUCACUCUCAUACUACUGGAUAUUAUUAUUUUUUUGAGGGGGGGAUCUCUUUAUUUCCUUCAUCUUAUAUUUUUUCCACUCAUAUUAAAUCACAAGUUGUUGUUUUUUUCUUCUAUCCUGGAGACAGUUCGCAUCGACUGCUGUUUCUAAUCCUCUUUCUCUUCGUCCUGCAUGGGACUACACAGCCAUCCGCGGUUCAGUCUGCUUUCAGCCUAUUUAAAUCUGCUUUUCGCCCCUUGGACUAACGAGUCUCCGAUCGAUCCAGCGACUGGACCCGAGCCGGAGUUGUGGGACCGUUUUUUAUCUCCGCGAGACUCAAACGGGGCUUCUUCCCCCGCCGCGAGCUCCAGGAUCCAGGCUGUCUUUCUAUGUGCGUUUCAUUAGAGCAGAUCUUAGUUAGUUUGAAGAGGUGACAGCGACUCGUGAAGGCUCAGCCAGUCCGAGAGGAUGCAUUAGAAGCAUGGUGCCAUUUUGAAGACAAGUCCCCCCUUCUUUCUUUUCUUUUUGGUUUUUUUUUCUACACAUUUUCUUCAUGGGACGGCCACACAAGCGGGACGUCAGGUGGAGAUUUUGAAACGUCACCUGCCCGCGCACCUUUUGACGGCGCGCCUGUCAAUUAGUGCCACUAAUUGGAUUAUUUUGAUCAUCUUGAACUUCCAGUCUGCAGGUUUCUCCACCUCCUCGCCUCCCGCCUCUUCCUCCCCUGAAGUUAUGUCAAGGCCUCUCACUCAGCUCUUACCUCCGGAUCUUCCUGCUGGGGCCACCAGCCCCCAGUUUGGGGCCAGCAACCCGGCUGGAAGUGCCCCCCAAGGUGGACAUCUGACCUCCAUGACCAACCUGAAGACCCUGCUUCAGCUGCCAAUCAAGGCCGACCAGCGAGGCCCCAAGGACUGCUGCGAGAUGAAAGACAAAGACAAGCCUGUGGACUCCGAUGAAGACUCACAGCCACAGACUGUCAGUAGCGCAGGCCCCGGAGGGCCGGCCGGGGUCGGAGGGGCGCAUGGGCCCGGCGUGUUGCGGCCCAACUCAGCGUUCCUGGGUCCACUGCUGUGGGAGAGGACCCUGCCGUGUGACGGGGGCUUGUUCCAGCUGCAGUACAUGGACCUGGAGGAGUUUCUGACCGAAAAUGGUAUGGGGAUGCACGGUAACGGGCCCAGCUCCACCAGCGCCCAGAUCCCCUCCCAGGUAAGACUGAGCUCCCAGUCGGCGGUGCCCAACCAGAGCUCCCAGUGCCCCCCCAGCUCUCCUCCGCCCUGCUCCUCCUCUUCCUCCUCCUCCAUGUCUUCUUCGUCCUCCUCUUCCUCGCUGCUGGGACUGGAGACCGUCCAGCCACAACCACCGCCGCCGCCACCGCCACUUCAGCAGCAGCCGCAAGGCAUUAUGGGAGGACCUGAGUGUCUACAUGGGGGACGGGCGGUGCCUCAGGACCAGUCACCCACUUCAACCUGCCCUCCGGGACCCUCUGGACCUCCUGCGGCCGUCAAUGGCACCAGCGACGUCAUGGUGAACUUUGACCCCGACCCAGCGGACCUGGCGCUGUCCAGCGUGCCGGGCCAGGAGGCGUUUGACCCACGGCGGCACCGCUUCUCCGACGAGGAGCUGAAACCUCAGCCGAUGAUCAAGAAGGCCCGCAAGAUGCUGGUCCCCAAUGAGCAGAAGGACGACAAGUACUGGAGCCGGCGUGUCAAAAACAACGAGGCGGCGAAGCGCUCGCGGGACGCCCGGCGACUGAAGGAGAACCAGAUCUCUGUGCGCGCCGCCUUCUUGGAGCGGGAGAACGCCGCCCUUCGCCAGGAGGUGGCCGACAUGAGGAAAGAGCUGGGCCGCUGCAGGAACAUCCUCAACAAGUACGAGAGUCGACACGGAGACUUGUGAGGCGGCGGCGGAGGAGGAGGAGGAGGAGGAGGAGGAGGAGGAGAAAGAAGAAGACGCGAGAGGAAGGGGCGGGAGGGAAGGAGGAAAUGAGGAAAAAGGGUACAAGGCAAACCCACCAACAGCAGCACUUUAGUUGAAGUGGCGAGGGGGGGGAGGCCGGCGUAGAUCUGCACCAAGCAAUGUGCGACACCGGGCGCAAACACAAAAAGUGCAUGCAGGCUUCAGGAUGUCACGACAGGAAAGCACAGCGACGCCAUGUUUUCCAGUUUGACUCUCUUCGUACAUGCUGCUUCGCUGAAGUCCACACAACGUGCUGCGUCUCCGUGCGUCACCUCGGCAGCUUACGUCACCCUCGGUGCUGUGCUUACGCCGGGUGUCGCGCGGCAUUUCUGCAGGUAGUGCGUUCCGGCCGCCGCUCCGGCCAGUUCAAACAGGGUGUUGAAUUCACAUUAUGCCAGUGAAAUCUCACUUUUUAAGCUCAAGGCACGGAUACAAGCCAGGAGAGGUCAGAUGUGUAAUUUUUUUCUAUAAAUAGGACAAAAGAAACAUGUAUAUUUUUGAAGUGGGCAGGAAGGCAAGACCAGUCCAGCGAAGAGGAAGAGGAGGAGGAGGAAGAGGAGCAGGAGGUGUAGGGUUUUCGUCCAUAACGCAAAGAGAUUUUGACAUAGGAUUACUGUAUAUUUUUCUAUUAGCAAAGAUAGUCCGGAGGAGGCUUUUGGAGAUAAUCUUUUGUAUAUUUUAUAUAUGGGGCAGGGAGGGGCUCUUAGCUGGACAGUCACGGGGCCACACAAAACGCUUUUCCUCCCAGCUGUUUAUCGCUAAACAACAGAUAAUCUAUUUUCAAUUUCACUGAGCUGGUUAGUUGGAGGUGGAGGCGUUACAGAGAAUGUAUCACGGUUGAAUCAGGUAUCUUACACGGGGCGAGACAAGCCGGUGUAUCUUAGUAACGAUUGUUUUGGGAUCGUGGCAAAGGGGGGAGAGGCGUUAGAAGGAAGACGGUGAAACAAAACUUGUAUAGUUUUAAGACAUUUUUGUGUUUGUUUACUUUGUGACCUCGUUCAAGCACUUGAUUUGUUGUCUUCUAUUUGAUUCUGUGUCUGACUUUGAAACGAUUGCAGGUCUUUUAAUUAUUUUGAACAUGAAGGAGAAAAAAGAGAGACGAAAACAGGAAGUAAUCAGCCAUCAAAACAGCUGGAUGUGAGCAGAUGUUUGAAAAUAAAUAAGGUGGAGAAUUUUGCUGGCGGGGUUUGCAUUUAGUUUGGUGGACGUGUCUGGCUCGCACACACACACACACACACAUGCACACGCACACACACAUACUGUACUCACAGUGACAAUUUGUCAAUAGUGACACAACAAGGUUGCAGUCUUUCUCUCUCUGUUUACUCCUCAGUUUGUCCAGGACGUGCAAAAAUGAAAUACUAACUGGUUUAGGGUUGAUUUGCCCAGAUUGAACAGUGACUGAAACAUUCAGCAUGCGGACACACAACCAACACUCGGACACACUGUCCUCACCCAGGUUUGAACCCUUAUUGUUGUUGUUGAUGUUGUUAUGGACUUCUAUGGUGCUGAUCUGAUCUGAUCCUCCACCACACACACAUGCACACACACGCACACACACACACACGCACACACAUGCAAACACUUCCACCACCUUAAACACAGUACUGAACUGCCUAUACCCUUUCUUUGUCUUUUAUUCCUUCUUUUUAGUUUAUUUUUUUUCUUCUUUUGUUGCAUAUUGUAUCGAUAAAUCAUAUAUAGAUUUACACACAAACACUUGUCUAUACCUCUCCUUCAAACUUUACCCAAUGAGAAACGAGAAAUGCACCCUACUGCUACUGUACCAUACAACUAUUGAAUAAUAAACUAUUCUCUCACUAUAUAUAUACAUAUACAUAUAUGUAUGUAUAUGUAUGUAUAUAUAUGUAAAUGUAUAUUAUAUAUGCUUGAAUUAUGUGAUUAUAGUUGUAAUAUACAUAAUUGAAUAUUGAAUAUAUUACCGAAAAUCCCGUUGAAAUCAUGUCAGUUUUUUCUCAGGUGUUUUUGUCUGAGGUAUUAAAUACACAUUAAAAAAAAAACACACAAAAAAGUC